GUGGCUCCGAGCUCCGUUUUAUUAAAGAGAUCCUGUAACGUCUGAACGUUUGAGGGUUUCUGCAGACAUGGAGCUUCUACCACUUCUGAUUCUGAGCUUCUGUUUCCUGAAUUUAUCUGGACUGACGUUUGGUGCUGAAUCCGGGACACCUGUGACCAGAGUGACGGUAAAAGAAGAUGAUGGUGUCAUUUUACCCUGCUCCCUCAGCACCAAUGAGAACAUUGAGUCAAUGCUGUUUGACUGGAAGAUAGAAGGAACAGUUCCACAAAAGAAUGUGUUCCUGUAUGAUGAUGGCAAAUAUUACAAUAAUGGCCUCUCAGGUCAAGACGAGGAGUUUAAAGAUCGAGUCUCACAUUUUCCAGAAGAGUUAAAGCAUGGCAACGCGUCUAUAAGAAUAAAAAAAACUAGGUUGGAGGACAACGGAACCUAUUUAUGUAAAUUUCCAAAACUGAAGCCAGAAAUCAGAACAUUCCACAUUGAGCUUGUUGUUGAGCCCAUAUUAAAGGUCCGAAUUAAUGGUGCAGCAGAACCUUUUGUUACAAUUCUCAAUCACACAAACAAUUGGGCGCUCCUUAAGUGUGAUGUUAAGGGUGCUUCCCCCAAACCUACAGUCGAGUGGUGGGACAGUAACAAUCAGAUCAUUCCUUCUGAUCAGCCACAUGUCUCUGAAAUAGGAAACCGCUUCUACAUCAGCCUCAAUACUACUGUGAAAAAGGAUGACCACUAUCGCUGUGUUGUCAAACAGGAGAAAAUCCACCAUCAAACACAUACGGAAAUCUACGUCCGUUUGAAUGAACAAAACACUGGAUGGAUGAUUGUGGCUGGUAUUCUUGCUGUUGCUCUUGCUGUUGCGCUUGUUGUAGUUGGGAUUCUUACCUGGCGUUUAAGACAAAACGAAACACAAUAAACACAACAAGGAGGAUCCAUCUGAGCCCUCACCCAAGGAAUGGAAAAUCAUUGCUGAAUUAAGUGAGCUCAUGUGAAGU